UUGUUGUUGUUGUUGUUGGGUGAGUUUGGCGGACACGACACGACGGUUCACACCUCAGCUCAGCCCGUACCCACACCCGCCGUCACCGCACGGACUGUCUCCCGGUGCAGCAGAAAGAUAAAGCGGACCCCCAUCAUGGCCAGUGACGUUCUCAUGUUGAUGAGGGGCCUUGCCAAGCUGAGCCAGGCCAUUGUUGAGACCCAGACCAUGCAGAUGCGAGUGGCAGCGGUGAGGGACUGGCAGGCGUCUGCCGAAGAUGCCAUCAGUGCAGCAGUCGGAAAGGUGCAGGAUGUUGUGUCACGGCAAGAAAACCUCUCGGAACUAGACAAGGAUUUCACUUCCAGGUGGAGUCUUGAUGGUGAGGCCUAUGAGGAGGUGACGCAAGACUUCACCACAGCCACCCAGCAGCACCAGGCGACUGUUGACCCCGCGGCGUUUGACUCAGCAUCUCCUGAGAAGAACGCUGGGUUAUUCACUGGACAGUCUGGGGACUCGAGCAGCCCCUUCUCAUCUGGAACCCAGAAGAGGUCCUUCCAUCAAGACCACCGUUCUGUCAGCGGGCUAACUGCUGAAGAUAUCGACAAGGCUCGAGAGGCCAAAGUCUCUCCUACAGACAAACCUUACAGACAGAUGUUGAGUGAGCGGGCACGUGAACGCAAAGUACCAUCCACUCGAAUUGGCAGGCUGGCCAAUUUUGGAGGUUUAGCUGUUGGUCUUGGAAUCGGAGCCUUAGCAGAAGUUGCUAAGAAGACAUGGCGACCUGAAGAACGUGAGACAGGUGGCAAAGCCAUACUUGACGGCAGUCCCUUCUUAUCUGAAGCGAAUGCUGAGAGGAUUGUGAACACUCUGUGUAAAGUGCGAGGUGCAGCUCUCAAAAUAGGUCAGAUGCUCAGCAUUCAAGAUGAAACUUUCAUUAACCCUCAGCUACAGAAGAUAUUCGAACGUGCUCGACAGAGUGCCGAUUUCAUGCCCAGCAAACAGAUGAUGAAGGUGCUGAGCAGUGACCUGGGGCCUAACUGGAAAGAUGAACUGGAGUUUUUUGAAGAUCGACCAUUUGCGGCUGCUUCCAUUGGCCAAGUCCACCUGGCAAAGCUGAAAGAUGGCAGGGAGGUGGCUAUGAAGAUUCAGUAUCCUGGAGUUGCUCAGAGUAUUGCCAGUGAUGUUGCCAACCUGAUAACAGUCAUGAACAUGAGCAAUGCUCUACCUGAAGGUUUGUUUCCUGAGCACAUGAUUGAGGUGAUGAGCCGUGAACUCUCCCUGGAAUGUGAUUAUGAAAGGGAAGCAGCGUGCUAUAAGCAGUUCAGGGAACUGGUGAAGGAUGACCCUUUCUUUUAUGUGCCGCGGGUUAUUGACCAUCUGAGCAGCAAACAUAUCCUCACCACAGAGCUGGUGCCUGGCUUCCCAUUGGACAAGGCAGACGAACUGAGCCAAGAGAUCAGAAACUAUAUCAGUGAGAACAUCUUGAGACUCUGUCUGCAGGAACUGUUUGAAUUCCGCUUUAUGCAGACCGACCCAAACUGGUCCAAUUUCUUCUACAACCCCCAGACCGGCAAGGUGGCCUUAUUGGACUUUGGAGCUACAAGAGGGUUUGAUGAAGACUUUACUGACACUUACAUUGAGAUUGUGCGCUCUGCAGCGAAUGGGGACAGAGCGCAGGUGCUGAGCAAGUCGAUUGAAAUUAAGUUUCUUACUGGCUAUGAAACGAAGGUUAUGCAAGAUGCCCAUGUGAAUGCAGUGAUGAUCCUUGGCGAAGCUUUUUCAUCAACAGAGCCCUUUGACUUUGGGCAUCAGAACACCACCAAGCAGAUCCACAGUCUGAUCCCUGUCAUGCUGCGACAUAGACUAGUCCCUCCUCCAGAGGAAACCUACUCUCUCCACCGCAAGAUGGCUGGCUCCUUCCUUAUCUGCAGCAAGCUCAAUGCGCAGAUCCCCUGCAAGCAUUUGUUUGAGGAUGCCUACCAGAAAUACUGGAGCAGAAAGGUGAAGCAAGGAGGCACCCCCCCUUAAACCAGAGCAACCUGUCCUCAGCACGAUUAGGGACAGGAUGGAGGUGAAAAGCAGCAGGGAGUGGAAGGUGCUCCUGAGCUAACCACCUUACUGUGUUUCUUUUGCUUAAAAAGGAAUUGCAGAGACAGUUUUAUUUUUAAAAACGAAUUGAGAGUUCCACUGAACACGGGAUUGCACGAAACAAGCAAGUGUGUGUUCUUCGAUAGCAAAGGAGGAAUAAUGUUUGGGGAAAGUUUCCAAUUCUCCUAAGCAGGGGGUAUUUGGCAGCUUUUACUGUAUUAAUUAACUGAAUUUGUAUCAUACAUACUGAAGUGAUUAGUGAGAAAAUAAUGAACAGUGAAUUACUUUAGAAAUCAUCAAUUUUUUUGUAUACUUAUCAUGCUGAUUCAAUUAAAGAAAGAAAUCAUGUUUGUGAUCA